AUGGAACACUCCUUGCACGGCUUCAGUUUCAGGCCCCAGACUUCUCUUCUCGUCUCCGAUCGACACGAGAUCGACGAUGCUGAGAUAGAGCCCAUGCAAUGGCAGGAGCCUCAGCAACACGAGCCGCAUCUCAGCUACUUCGAGGAAGCAACCCAGACGCCGAACUGGGAGUAUCAGAAUCAGCGUGCCGAUACUACCACAGCAUCUCAAACAUACGAAGGACAUGAACGCCAGAGUGGUCCCACAGCUUCGAACAUGGCACAUGUCGAUUUUGUCAGAGCCGAGGACGAGGUGAACGCUUACCAAACCGAUCACUGCGUCCCUCUGGAAUGGUCCAGGUUCCCGACAGUGCAGCCUAUCCAGCUCAAGCAAGAAGAAGACGUUGACGAGAGCAUGGAGUUAAUCGCAGAGACUAGCCCAUCGGGGGCAGACAAUGUCUGGUUGAAAAAAUAUCCAGCUUUGUUUUCGCCUCAAUAUAUCGAGCGUAAAAGCGACUUCGACCCCACGAGAAUAGCAAUGCUCGAUUCGUGCGAAGAUGAGGAUAUUGAAAGCGAAGAUGACGAGGAUGCUGAAUGUGAAAUGGUGGUUGACGAGGAUUCGUUGGACGUUCAGGACGGAGUGCUUCCUGACUACGAAGACGACUUUCUCUAUGAUGAGCCUCAUGGAUGGAUUCGACAGCGACUGUAUGAUCCGAGGAGCGAAGCCGACAUGGGUGAAUAG